GGCUCGUUAGUGGGUGGAGUAUCUCCUCCCACUACACUCAGAAUUAUAAUGGGGGCAAUAUUCUCUCGUCCUUCCCAAUGGAUAGUUCUAGAGGACGACUGCUAUGACGUUGGACACACCUGGUCUGCAUCAUGCACGUACAGUUCACUGGAGCUCUUCACCAUAGUCUUCUUGCAAGCAGCAAAAAUCUACUUGCCACUCUACAUAUUUGGGGACAUUGUUAGAAGAAAGUCUUUAAAGUUUUUUUUGACUCGUACGAUUUGGUAUGUCCUUAGAUCGUCUAUUUUCCUUGGCAUCAACGGAGGAGGUUUUGUCACAUUUAUAUGUUUAUUAAGGAAACUCUUUGGUCGGUUUUAUUUCCUGUCUGCUGGUUAUCUUCCUGGACUAUGCUCAUCUCUCUGUGCCAUAUUGACAGAAAGGAAAAGCAGGAGAGGAAAUCUCAGCACCUACGUUGCAACCAUUGCACUGGAGACACUGUACAGACUGAUGAAGCACAGAGGAUAUGUCCAGCCAUUACCUUAUGGUGAAGUUAUGUUAUUCUGUUUUGGAUCUGCAGUGCUCUUUCAUAGCUAUAAAUCAAAGGCGGCUGCAUCAAGCCUUACAGAUUUUCUAAUAGGAAUACUAUUUAAACCAAAAAUACCUCACAAGUUCAGGAAGGCUCUCCCAGGAAGACCAGGGAUUGUUCAUGAUGUAUUAAUGUUCAUUGCCAAUACUACAUUAGUUAGUUUAUGGAGCUUUGGUUUAGGAUAUGCUAUGCAGACUGUUCUAAAUGCAUUACAGCUAGGAAUGAGAAUUAUAAAGAAUCCUGCAGCAAGAAUAAAGCAAGUCCUUACAAAGCCGUACAACAGACACUUUAGUUCUUUUGUUGCGUCCUUUGCAGCAUCAUUCAAAAUCAUUAAUGCACUUCUUCGUCUUCUCUCUGUACCAAGGGAUGUCAGACUAUAUUUAUCAGGCUUCUUUGCUGGUCUAUCAAUGUUAUUCAUUAGGAGUAAUGCUAUGUCUCUAUACGUGUUUGUGAAAGCAUUAGAAAUACUUUACUUCAGAGGGGUGAGGGCUGGCUGGCUCUGGAGUCAUUACUAUGGUGAUGUUGUGAUAUACUCCAUCAGUACUGCAAUGCUGUUCCACUCAGCAUUAUUUGAAGCACAUAAUCUUAGACUUAGUUACUGGAGAUUCAUUGACAGGGUAACAGGACAAAGAUUAAGAGACCUUAAUUAUGAUAUAAUCGAUGAGUAUCAGACGGACUCAUCUCAACUCCUUCAUAUAAUUGAGGCACAGGAGCAGCAGGAGAGACGACAACAAAUGCAGCGAGAAAAUAGAACAAGAGGAGGAGAGAGAACUACUAGUUGAUAGACCCAAUCUUAGCUCAAUUAUUAAUGCAUGUACAUAUAUAUUUUGUCUAUCAUUGUGUGGUAAUCCUUUUUCUGUUUCUGUUUUGCUUUUUCCUUAUUGUUUAUUAUCACAGCAUACUACACAUUAUUAUCUGCUCUGUGGUUUUUUUAUAUUUUCUGUUUUAUUUCUUUUUCCCUUUUGGUGAUUUCCUCUUUGAAUCUUUACUGGCUGAAA